AUGAUGCAUGAGCCAGAUAACAACCUCCAAAAGCAAAGGAUUCCCGCUUCGUAUCGUUCACUCUUUGAGUGGUGCAGUCCUCGUACCACCAGCAUGCCUUUGACCGAAAGCGAUUUUGGUGCCUUGCUUGAACCUACCCCCAUUGGAGCACCUCGUUCAACGCAGCAAGCUGCAGAUUCGUCCGCAAUUUUGAAAGAAUCAUUGAGGUUUCUGUUUCAAGACUGCAAUCGUGAGGCAUCGAACUGUUCAGCAGCAAUUCCAACUCCAGUUGUCUCCUUGUUGGCGGCUCAGUACCAUGAUGGUGGCGAUAGUACCUUCAAGAACAAGAAGAACGAAGGCAGCUCCAUUCGUCCAAGGACUCCAUGCUGCGGCAUUUCAUCGCAAGCACCAGAGGAUAGUAGCAUGAUGUAUACCAAGAGCCGCUUUCAAGUGCGCCACAAAGACCAGUGGGAAACACAGUUUCAGCUUUUGCAAGAGUUCAAACGCAAACAUGGCCACUGCCGCAUUCCUCAUACCUAUCCAGAGAAUCAAUCACUGGCACGGUGGGUCAAACGCCAACGCCACCAACACAAGCAGAAGCAAAUGGGAGAGAAAACGACCAUGACUACUCGUCGUAUCCGAGCUCUGGAAGAGCUUGGCUUCAUUUGGGACUCUCAUUCCGCUUCGUGGGAGCAACGGAUGAGCGAUCUGUUAGAAUUUCGGGACAAACAUGGCCACUGCCAUGUUCCGACUCAUUACCAAGAAAACAAGCAGCUAGCGAUAUGGGUCAAGUGUCAGCGCCGGCAACACAAACUUCUGAAACAAGGUAGAUCAAGUACUUUGACUUCAGAUCGACUGGAAGUAUUGGACAAAGUAGGCUUUGAGUGGCGAGCAAAGAGGACGACUGGAAAGACAACCACUCAUAAUGACAACUGA